AUGUGCCGGAGUGAGUGCGGAAUAAUCACAAAAAAUUGGACCUUAACGGAACUAGUUUUGUCAUCGUUCUCCCUCAUUUUCAUCAAUUUAUUGGCACUGUCUGGAAAUUUGCUUGUCAUAUUCGUAAUUUUGCUCACAAAGGAACUUCGUCGCAAAGAAUCAAACUGGUUUGUGUUGAAUCUAGCGUUAGCCGAUCUUUUGGUUUCUUUGACGGUAAUUCCAGCCUCCUUAGACACUGUAAUCAAUGGCUAUUUUCGUUUUGGAACCUCCUUCAAAGAGUUUAUCGGCUUUGCCAAUUUUUUGUUCUGUAUCUGUAGUAUCAUGAACUUGCUUCUACUUUCUGUGGACCGCUGGUUUGCAAUCGUUAAGCCAUUUAGAUACUUGCAAGUCAUAACACCGAAAAAAGCCAGUGCUGCAUGCUUAUUUGUUUGGUUUUAUUCAAUGCUCUGUGCUUUACCACCCAAGUUUGGAAUCAGCUCAUAUUACUGUUUUAUUCCAAAUAUAGACAAUUGCGAUCUCGAAAAGGACUGGUCGGGAUCAAAAAAUGCGUUAAUUUUUGCCGUCGCAGUUCUUGGUUUAUCGUACUGUCUCGCUUUGGCUGUCAUGGUAUUGUUGUAUUGGAGGAUUUUUCGAAUCACCCGAUCACACAUUCGGAGAAUAAAUGUACAACAUUCCCUACGGAGCCGAGUGGAAACAAGCGAAUAUUCGGAACAAAAAGAACGUCCAGUUGAUGAUUUUAGUACUGUCAUCUCAAACGUACUAGAAAUCGAGGAUACAGCAACAAAGCGCUAUUUGUCUAGUAGAAAAAUGCGAUCGUCGAGAAAAAAUCGCAAGUGGACUAACCAGAAUCAAUUUCCGCGGGCAUCGGACAUUCAAACUGCAAAGAGUUUUCUUAUCGUUAUUGGCGUCUAUUUUCUUUGUUGGACACCGUUUUGUUUUAUGUUGAUGUUGGACAUCAUAAUGAGUAAAAAGAUAAAUCAAACAGGAGCCUUAAUCGGCUUGUGGAUAGGAUAUGCAAACAGUUGCUUGAAUCCUGUCAUUUACACGUGGAAAUAUAAACAAUUUCGACAUGCUUUAGUGUCUACUAGGAAAAAAUUACGGGAGAAAUUUUUUGUUAAAUAA